AUGUGCUUGAUAAUAUGGUGUUGGGGCUGGGACAGCGCUGGCGAUCUCGAAGGACCAGAUGUCGACACGAUUUGGGAGAGGAUGCUGACCAAGUCGAUGAUGGCUGGCUCUGUUGUGGUGAAGCAUGAUUGGGGAUUGCUCUGUUUCAGAUGUAGUUGUGUAGUAAUGCCUUGCAGUUUGCAACUUCGCUCAAGUCUAGUACAACAAUUGUGA